AUGAUUCGUUUGUUUGCGAUCCUUCUGGUGCUAAGUUGCCGAAGUGCUUUGGUGAACAGUGCAGACGACAUUAUUCCAUCAGAAGAUUUAAAAGAACUGAAGGAACUAACGUCAAAAAUUGGUGACAAAAUUGUCAAUUUAACGAAACAACAAAUAACCGAUCUUGGGACAGUGAUGAAACAACAGGAAUCAGUUUUGGAAUGUAAAGGGAAACAGUAA